AUGUAUUGUCAAUACUACGUUUCUUUUGUAUUAUUGUUGACUCCUAAUAUUUUAUUCUGCGCGUCGGCUGCUGUUCACAGCCAUAGCUUAGAUGAUCCAGAGCGAGAAUCUGAUGGCGCGUAUCGGCCACGAGAUUCUGAGCACUUUAAUGAUAUGGGACAUAAUGUUGAAUUCGACCAUGAAGCCAUUCUAGGCAGCGUAAAAGAGGCAGAAGAGUUUGAUAAGCUGAGCCCGGAAGAGUCAAAGCGGCGCCUUGGUCUAAUGCUGCCAAAGAUGGACCUUAAUGGAGAUAAAUUCAUUGAUCGAGAUGAACUUAAGAAGUGGAUUUUAAACUCAUUUAUUAAUCUUGCCAGAGAAGAAGCUGAGGAAAGACUAACAGAAGCAGAUGAAGAUGGUGACGGCCUGGUGACAUGGUCAGAGUACCUAAGAGACUCUUUUGGGGUUGAUACUGAGGAGGAACUUAAUCCAGAAGACACAGGAGAUACUGGCAUGCAGUUGGUGCGUGAUGAGAAGAUAAUGUGGAAGACAGCCGACAGAAAUGGAGAUGGAAAGUUGGAUAUAGCUGAAUUUGAGGUAUUUACAAACCCAGAGGAGCACUCAGUAAUGCACCCUCACCUAGUAUCUCAGGCUCUAAGGGAGAAAGACUCAAAUGGCGAUGGAAUGCUUGACUUCCAUGAGUAUAUUGGAGAGAGAGCUCAACACCAAGAUAAGGAAUGGGUGAUGACAGAGCGGGACAAGUAUGACCAUGAGCUGGACUCAAAUGGAGAUGGCUUACUUGAUGAACAUGAAAUACAUCGCUGGAUGAUACCAGAUAACAAUGAAAUAGCUGAGGAGGAAGUGUCACAUUUGUUCGCGUCCUCUGAUGAUGACCACGACGAACUCCUGUCAUUCGAGGAGAUACUUCAGCAUCACCAUGUCUUCGUUGGUAGCGAGGCCACAGACUUUGGAAACGACAUAGAUCGAUUUGACGAUGAAUUAUAA